AUGGGUGCCUGGGACUACCUCUUGUACCUGUUGAACGAGGUCAAGAAGAAUUCUAAUGUGGUAGGCAAGAUCUGGCUGACGGUGCUCUUCAUCUUCCGCAUCUUCAUCCUCCAGGUGGCUGGCAAGUCCGUGUGGGGUGACGAGCGGUCCGAUUUCAACUGUAACACGGCUCAGCCGGGCUGCACCAAUGUCUGCUAUGACCAGGCCUUCCCCAUCUCCCACAUCCGCUACUGGGUGCUGCAAUUCCUCUUUGUCAGCACCCCCACCCUGGUCUACCUGGGCCACAUCCUGUACCUGUCUCCAAAGAAGGAACAGCAGCAGCAGAAGGAGAGGGAGCAGCAGGAACCACAGGUGGAAGAGGCACUGGUACCAAAAGAUGGUUGCCUGCGGAUCCCUGGAGCACUGACGAGAACUUAUGUGGCCACUGUGCUCUGUAAGAGCAUGCUAGAGGCAGGCUUCCUCUAUGGCCAGUGGCGCCUCUAUGGCUGGACCAUGGAGCCUGUGUUUGUGUGCCAGCGAGCACCCUGUCCCUACCUCGUGGAAUGCUUUGUCUCUCGCCCCACAGAGAAGACCAUCUUCAUGAUCUUCAUGCUAGUGAUUGGUCUCAUCUCCCUGGUGCUGAACCUACUGGAGCUGGUGCACCUGCUGCGUCUAUGCUUCAGCCAGGAGAGGAAGGCCCGCCAGAAUGCCCCCCCCAUCCCUGUGAAGAGCAGCCUGGUCCCUCCUCAGAACAGUUCUUCUACCUCUUCCCCAUGGGCCAGAAGCCCUCAUCCCCAUCAUACCCCACCUACAAUGGCUUCUCAUUCAGUGAGCUGA